CCCACAUAGAGAAAGGGUGCUGCAACCUGCCACCACCGUGGUCCACCCCCUCUGCAGCAGAAGCCUGCCAUACUGGGAGGGGGAACCACCUCUGCCUGCCCCACAACGUCCCAGCCCUGGCCGCUUUCCUUGUUCCAGUAUGGGGUGGGGCAGCAGCACCAGGAGGCACUGGUGGAGGAAUCGGCCCCAAAUCCAGGGGUUUCUGCGCUGCGGGGGACGGGCCAGAGAGUAGACAGAAUUGGCAUAUGGAUUUUUGAGAGGGGUAGUGCUGUCUGCUGCCUUCUGGCUCUCUUUGGCCCCAGACCUCUAUGUCAACAACUUCUGAUGUGUGACUCUUCCCAAGCUGCUAUUAGGAUCAGAUUUAUUCUUAUUAGAUUGUUAUCUGAAUGCCUACCAUGUGGCAGGCACUUUGCUAGGCUCUCGUAUAUAGUUAUCCCUCUUAAUUUUUGCUAGGCCAGUGAGUAGGAAGGUGGGACUCGAUGUCCCCUAUCUCGCCGUUGAGGAAGCAAGUCCGGAGAGGGGACUUGGUUUGUGCAGGAGCACAUAAACAGUAGGGCUGGCUUUAAAAUCACGUGUGUUUGACCAGAGCUGCAUUCAUGGGUCCCAGGCACUUUUGCCUUGGUGGGACCCUUCUUCCACCAAAAAUAAUAACAAUUAAAAAACCAACCCUAUAUUUUACAACUGUGUUGGUAUAAAGCAGAUAUAAUCCAGGCUGGAUUAAACAUUAAAGCAUUUUCUUCAAUGCUGAAUUUGGUUUUCCUCCUGAUAUAGCAGAAAUCUUAACAGUUUUUGUGGGACCCUACAAAUAUUGGGAACCCUGGGCCCAAGCCCACUGUACCUCAUGGAGAACCAGGCUCAGUGUUUGACUUCAAGCUUUGCUUUCUUCCCGUAGGCUACUUGGGGCCCUGGCUGACACCUCAGCCUUCAUUUUGCCUUCUAUUCCAUCACUUUCUAGGAUAUUCUCGGGCAAUUGAGUUGUCCCCUCCUCCCGACCCUCACCCAUCAAGAAAAGCUCUAACUUCUGUCCCCAGUAUAAUCUUCUCUAACCCAAUUUUAAAACCCUGCUGUGGACAAGGAGGGCUGUGGCCAGGCCAGGCUUCCUGCUUCCAGGCUCUAGGACAGGCGCAGCGUCUGGUCCCCGUAAUGAGAUUAGGCCUGGUGGCCUUUAAAUGAAACUGUGGACACAGGGAGAGAGAGUGAUUCUGAGCACAGUCAAGCCCCGCGGGUAGCUCCUGUGCCUGUUUGAUUGCAUUAAGUGGAUCCGGCCUGCAAGUGUGUGUGGGAGGGGCGGGGUGGGGUGGGGGUGGUGUGUGACUGUCUCAGCCCAGGGUUCCAGAAGCUGCCAAAACUGUCACCCCCAUCCUGUGCUCUGAUAGAAAAGAGAGUGGCCGUGGAAAGGGCUGUAAGAGCCUCCUUUGCUUUUAAGACUCCGGUCUGCCGGGCAGAGGAGAGCUUUGGGGGGGAGAAUGGCAGCUUCCAGGCCCUUGGUGCUGCUGCUUCUGCUCCGGGAACAAAGGCCCAGGAACCACCAGCAUUCUGGGAGGGGUGGGCAGCCUGAUUGGGAAGGGAGAGAGAGUGUUGUCACUGUUUGGAUUAGGAACCGAAGGCACAUGAUUCAAAGGGAGUGACUUGCGGCUGAUUUCCAAGUUCAACUGAUUUCCAAGUUUGCACAUGCAAGAUGUGUUUGUGGGUGGGUCAGUUUCCAACCGGAGUUCAUGAAAUGUGUUCUCUCUCCAGCAUUGGAAGCAGGCCCUCCUUGGCCAAAGAUGGGUUGUCUGUGAUAUUGAACCAAAUAAGCUGUUUUUGAAGGAAUCGUUCAGGUCAUGUUCUGUGAAGCACAGAACCACUCACUGCUUUGUCGUUUUUGUGAAUCUGGAUUUUUCACCCUUGGAGCUUACUGACUGUGAGACCACCUGGAGGCAGGACACAGGCCUGCCUGAGGCAGGAUGGUCUUGCUUGGUGUGAGUUUUCUUGCAUCCCUCAUGCUUGGACUUAAAUCACCUUCACACUGAAAGGAAGAGUGGAGGAGACAGCUUGGGCUUUCGUAGUUCCAAAGGUCAUUCUUUAUUGAUGGUUUCCUCUUGGACGCCUCAUCACCCAGAUGCCAAGUUCCCUGCACAGAUGGGGCAGGGGAGCUGCCUUUGGAGCAGCUGAUGUGAAAAUCUCACGGAUCGGCUGGUUUGCCGUCCUGCCAGCCCUUUGCUCUUAACUGCCUGUUCCCAUCCUGCCUCCUUCUCUCCCAGGAGAGCCGGCAGGGGACACCAGUGCUAGAUGCGGUGAUGGGCCUCCCUUAGGAGCCUGGUUUCCUGAGAGGUGAGGGACACAGGAGGACUGGCGUGGGACAGACAGAGUCUCCUUGCUGCUGUGGUUCAGGGUGACUUCUUUGGCAAGCGCACGUUCAGAUCUUUGAUUGCUUUCAGAUCCACCCUCCAUGCUGGGCAAAGCCACGCCUCUGCCCGAUGACCAGCUGCUGGGGCGAGUCACCUCCCUGCGUUAAAGCAGGUGGAUAGUGGCAAGUGCCCUUGGAGGCCUGAGUUGAGCUUGCAGCCUGAAUUCUUACCACCCUUUACUAAAAAAUGCCACAUCUGCUUAGCAGCUCGUCUGCAAGCUUCUCGAAGGCAGGGAUCACGUCUUACCUGUAUAGCUCCAUCAUCUGGUAGUCCCGCCAGCAUACAGCAGGUGCUCAAUGAACAAAUGCGUUGAGUAUUCGCGGCUGAUAAUUUGGGGCAUGUCAUGUAUCCUCUUUGAGUCCCAGUUUCCUCACCCAUUAAAGUGGGACAACACUCCUAUUAUCCUAGUGGUAUUGCGGAGGUUAAGCAAGAGAAGGCUGAGCACAGAGGAGGGGGCUUGCAGUCCGCUGGGAGCCAUCCUCCCGGCCCCACAGGCAGGCCUCUCCACUCUGUGCUCUGCUCCAAACAGUAUUAGGGUUCGGACUUCCUGGGGAAUCCAGGAUGGGAAGUUACAGUGCAGAAUGUUCAAGCCCCCCAUUCGGUGGUUUCGGCUGUUCCAAAGUGCUUUUCCUUUUCAGCACUACCAGCCACUUCUCCAGUUCUCAGUGGACAAAGACUGGGUGCCGUGCAAGUUAACUCAGUCCUGACACUGUUUACCUGGAGAUCGGGUCAGAGCCCACAGGUUAAGGGCUCAGUCCCGCAAGACUGCUCCCCACUUCGGAUGCCAGUCGCAAAUCCAGGGUCGCUGGAUUUGCUGUUGAUGCAAAGUUCUCCUGGACUUCUCCCCGGGUUCAAGUAAUUUUCUAGAGCAGCUCACAAAACUCAGCGAAACAUUUUACUUAGUAGAUUUGUUUUAAAAGGCUAUGACUCAGGAACUGCUAGAUGGAAGAGGAACAUUAGGGCAAGGUCCCGAAAGUCCUGAACGUAGGAGCUUCUAUCCCUGGGGAACUAGGGUAGCCGUCCUCUGGGAAGCUCCUUUUGUAUUUUACUGAGGCUUCAUUACUUGGACAGGCUCGAUUAGUUCAUUGGCCAUUGGUGAUGGAACUCAAAUCUCCAGCCCCUCUCCGCUCCCUAGAGGUUGAGAGGGUGGAACGGAAGGUUCCAGCCGUCAAUCACGUGGUUGGUUUCCCUGGCAACCAGCCCUCGCCCACAGGUUAUCUAAGGGCUCGUUAACAAGGCAGGUUUCUGGCGCGGUUGGGAAAUUCCAAGGGUUUUAGGAGCUCCAUCCUAUAUACUCCUUCUUCUAAGUCACAACCUCACAGCUCUGCAGAGACCCUCGCUUUGAUUUCUGCCUGUCUCAGUAGGAGGCUGGCUGGCCUGGCCACGGAGUAGCUCCGAGGUCUGGGAGCGACAGUUCCUUUGCUGCCCUGAGUUCCCACUGCUGUCGUAGGUCCUUGAGCUGGGGCUGCAGAAGCCGUGGCAGGUCUGCCAGCCGCAGAGCACGUGCCCUGUGUUCCUUCUCCUUCAGAGCUCAUCAGGUUCUGACUGUGCCCCGGGCGUUCUGGGGAUGAAUCUAAUAAAGGGGAGGAGGACUGAGAACAGGUGACCCCGGGACAGCAGCUGUUUGGUUGAUCUUUCCUGUUCGAGUCAGUGCAAGGCAACAGAUCCCGGAGUUGAUCCAAGGAAGAGCGGGACUCCAGGCCUGCCUCGAGCGAGCUCCCUGGGCAGCAGCGGCCGCAGCAUGGACAGUCGGGCCGGCCUGGCAGCCACGCCCGGAGCGCUGCCUUACUGCGUGGCUUUCUCCCAGCUGCUGGGCCUGACUGUGGUGGCCAUGAUGGGGGCUUGGCUCGGUCUCUACAGGGGCGGCAUCGCCUGGGAGGGCGCCCUGCAGUUUAACGUGCACCCGCUCUCCAUGGUCAUAGGCCUGAUCUUCCUGCAGGGAGACGCCUUGCUGGUUUACCGGGUCUUCAGGAAUGAGACCAAACGCACAACCAAGGUCCUGCACGGGCUGCUGCACGUCUUCGCGCUCGUCAUCGCCCUGGUGGGCGUGGUGGCGGUGUUCGACUACCACCGGAAGAAGGGCUACGCGGACCUGUACAGCCUGCACAGCUGGUGUGGCCUCCUCGUGUUGGUUCUCUACUUCGUGCAGUGGCUCGUGGGCUUGAGCUUCUUCCUGUUCCCCGGAGCUUCGUUUUCCCUGCGGAGCCGCUACCGCCCACAGCACGUCUUCUUCGGCGCCGCCAUCUUCCUCCUGUCCGUGGGCACCGCCCUGCUGGGCCUGAAGGAGGCGCUGCUGUUCAAACUUGGGGCCAAGUACAGCACGUUUGAGGCUGAGGGUGUCCUGGCCAACGUGCUGGGCUUGCUGCUGGUCGGCUUCGGGGUGACCGUGCUCUACAUCUUGACUUGCUCUGACUGGAAGCGGCCACCCCAGGCGGAGGAACAGGCCCUCUCCAUGAACUUCAAGACGCUGACAGAAGGCGACAGCCCCGGCUCCCAGUGACGGCCUGUCCUCGUCCCGCACGGAGGGCCUGGCUGUGGCUGGCCGCUGCAGCUCGGGGUGGGGGCGUUGGGUAGGCGACUUUCCCACGCUCUGUCGCGGCUCUGCUGGCUGGGUGGCUCCCGGGGAGGGCUGGCCAGCGCGGCGGGCGCGCGGGGGCAGCGCCCCAUUGUGGGCUGUAGGGCUUGGCUUCCUCUGCUUUCCCUCCUUGUUGCUGCUUUAGAGUCCGUUAGUCACGCACAGACCCUGGCCCUGUUGUCACUGUCACCCCCUCCACUCAAGCCGCUUCGGGCAGGGUUUUGGGUGGUCAGUCCGGGCUACAGAAGCACAGAUCCUUCAAGAAGACGCAGGGUGGCUCUCCUCUUGAGGAGCGGAUGCUGGGCCGAGUCCAGGGGCUGCCAAGAGCACAAAGCUGUGGGAGAAACUGGGCCUUAGUGACAGGCCUGGCAAGGCCGAGGCUUGCUUUGUGUAACGCUGAAUUCAGACCAGAGUCCCGUCCGUCUGAAUGACACGUGGUGAGAAUGGCCCCGACUUUGGCAGCGGAGCAGGUGAUAUUAUGUAUAAACUAUGCUGGUGUCCAGAGCAAGAGUCCCCUGGAGAGGGGAGGGGCGCGCCCCUGGGAAGCUGUGGAGAUGUGGCUUCGGCCCAGCUGCACUCUCGGCUGCUUUCUCUCCGGGCCUCGGCCUCAGGACGGCUCUGCCGGGAGAGGGCAGGGGCCCAGGCUGGAGACAAACUGUCCUUGGCGGCUGAGGGCCACCGAGAGAGGAGGCCGAGAUGGCCCCCGGGCAGGCGCGCUGGGCUGCUGGCGCUGGGGCUCUGCUCCGCGGGGCUGGGGCCUGCUGGCCGCCACCAGGCUCCCCGCCCUCAGCAGCCGGUUUAGGCACUGCUCUCGCUCUGACCUCAGCCCCGGGGCUUCUAUCUUUUUUUUUUUUUUUU